AUGAAGUCAUUGACCAGCCUUCAACUCUUCCUUCUCCUCUCAACCACCGUCUUCAACCUCUUCUCUUCCACCGCCGCCAUCGGCGUUAACUAUGGCAUGGUUGCAGAUAACCUCCCUUCACCGACCGAAGUUGCCAACUUCAUCAAAUCGAAAACUAUUUUCGAUAGCGUCAAAAUCUUCGACACCAACCCUAACGUACUUCGAGCCUUCGCCAACACCGGCAUCACGAUGACGGUCACCAUUCCGAACGGUGAAAUCCCUAAUUUGGCCAACGAAGGGGCAGCUUCAGCAUGGGUGAACGCCAAUAUUCAACCUUUCCAUCCACAAACUAAGAUAAAAUAUAUAUCUAUUGGCAAUGAAAUUGUGCUUCUUGGUAAUCCGGCUCAUAUUAAUGGUCUUGUGCCAGCAAUGAUAGCUCUUACCGAAGCAUUGCGUAAAGCUGGGCCUCAGUUCCAAGAUAUUAAGGUUACAUCAGCUCAUGCCCUUAACAUGUUCCAAGGUCUAACAGUCCCAAGUUUAGCCAGGUUCAGAGUCGACCUUGCCGAAACCUUCUUCAAACCAGUGCUCCAAUUCCAUCAACAAAACAAAUCCCCAUUCAUGAUCAACCCAUACCCAUACUUCGAACUCAACGUCAUGUCCGACAACAUCGAUUACGCCGUUUUCAGGAAAACCCCCGGCGUUUUCGACCCCACCAGCAAAAAGACCUACACCAACGCCUUGGAUUCUCUUUUAGACAAAACCUACACUGCCAUGACGGCACUCGGUUUCGGAGACGUCGAUAUCGUCAUCGGCGAGACCGGUUGGCCUUCAUUGGGUGAUCCAGGGAACAAAGCUGCUGGCAUGGAUAAUGCAGCUUCGUACAAUGGGCAUUUGAUUAGGAAAAUAGUUUCGGGUGCUGGGACGCCAUUGAUGCCUAACAGGAAGUUCGAGACUUAUAUUUUUGCUUUGUUUAAUGAGAAUCAGAAACCGGGUCCGAUUGCUGAGAAGAAUUGGGGAUUGUUUCAACCGGAUUUUUCGCCGGUGUAUACGUCUGGUGCUUUGCGUGAUGGUCCUCAACCUAUACCAAAGCCGGUUCAACCAAUGCCAGCACCACCAGCGGCCAAUGCUAAGAAGUUUUGUGUGCCCAAACCCGAAGCUACCGAUGCUCAAUUGCAGAAUAACCUGGAUUAUGCAUGCGGUCAAGGAAUCGAUUGCCGUCCGAUUCAAGCGGGUGGGGUUUGUGUUGAACCGGCCACCGUGAGGUCUCGUGCAGCAUUUGCCAUGAAUUCUUACUUUAAGUCAAAGUUGGGUGUUGAUAGCGCCUGUGAUUUUAGCGGCACCGGUCAACUCACCACCGUUGAUCCAAGUUAUGGCAAUUGCCGCUACGUCUGA